CCCGUGAGAGUAGUGCGUGUCGUGACUUGAGUCUGACAGACCGUGACAAUUUAAAAAGUUAUAAUGUUCUAAGCCAGAUUCGUUCUUUUUUCAAAUGUACGUGCGCUGAAUAUAAUAUUGUAAUGUGCCAGUGUUGUCUGUGGGAUUAUUCUUUGGAACAUUACAGCCGCGAUAUAAUUCAUAAUGUUCUUGUGAAGUUGGGGUAAACAAAAAUAUAUUUAAAAUAUAAAAACUUGUCUUACAUUAUUGGUCACAAAACAUUCAUAUCUAGACAAAUUUGAACAACGGCGCAUUGGACAUACAAAUGUGACAUUUAAAAAAGUAUAUGAUACACAUGUCACUGACAAUGUGUUAAAUACAAAAAGUGUAAAUAAUCAUAAAAAUAACAAAUUGAUACUUAAAUAAAGACAAUUCAGUAAAUAAUUUACUACACGAGUGUUGCUUGACAAUAAAUGAAUAAUUUUAGUGUAAGUGGUGAGUGAAAAUACCGUGCCAAAGUGAAGUGAAGUGAUUUUAUGAUGUUGAAAAGUUAGAGGCCAUCAUGUAUAGGCCCAACUUCUACGAGAGCACCUGCUUCAGGUGCAAUGAGAUAGUGUAUCAGGUCGACAGAGUGGGGCCACUGAAGGACUUCACCUUCUUCCACAGUGGAUGCUUUAAAUGCGCUGUGUGCGGAACCAAACUCACAUUAAAGACGUACUACAACAAUCAGCACUGGACAGAAGACAAGGAGGUGUACUGCUCAAGCCACGUGCCCAAGAUAGGCCCUGGACACCUGGACAACUCCUCGGUCGGCAUCCGGAGCGCUCUUAACGUGCCCAAAAGUAACAACUACGUGAACGAACAGAUCAGAGGGAUCAACAGGAACAGUCAUGAGACUGAAUUAUCACCUAGUCGCACCAACGGCAGUGUUCACGCGUCCCCCGCGCGCGACCUUCCCCGCGACACACCCGACUACCAAUAUGGCCGCUUCGACGCAAGUGCACUACACAUCGCACAUGCCCUCAAGCAGACAGAACUGCAGAAGGCAUACCAUCGCCCCAGGGAGAAACCGAUCGAUUGCUAUCUGGAUCGAGAUGAACAAACAAAACUUGAAAUGAAGCAUCGGCAGGAGGAGGAUGAUCUGUACAGAAAGUUCUCGAAGCACAGAGAAGAGGAGAACAGAAGAAUACGAGAUGAAAUACAGGAUGAAUGGGAAAGAGAACUAGAAAGGUUAACAAAUAGAUUCCAACAAGAAAUACAAAUAAAGAAAAGAAGACCGGAGUCAGAGAUUGGUGCUUUAACGCUGAGACAUCAGCAGGAGCGAGCUGACUUAGAGAAGAACAUGACGUUAAGAAGAGACAAGAAGAAGGAGAGUUUGACGAGGAAGAUGUUGGAACAUGAACGGGCUGCCACAGCAGCGCUAGUGGAGAAACAGAGCCACGAGAUGAUGGAGUUGAUCCAGGAGAGGAGGUCUGAGUACAUGGCCGAGUCCUCCCUGUAUCUGGAUGGUGAGGAGGCGCCGCCCUACCCAGCCAGGGCGCCGCCACCACAGCCCCCGCUAGUCUCCAAGUUUCACAUCUAUACGGACCCCGCCGAGUUCACUGAAGUCGAUAAAAUCGCUAUAUCCGUUGCUCAAGAAGACCAGAAGACAUUCACAGAUCUAGUCCGUCAGCUGGUGGGGCGGUGCGCCACCGACGUGGAGAAGGCCAGGACUAUCUUCCGGUGGAUCACGGUCAAGAACCUCAACAACAUCCAGUUCGAUGACAACCUCCGAGGUGACUCACCUCUGGGCCUCCUCCGCGGAAUAAAACACGGCACAGAGAGUUACCAUGUACUAUUCAAGAGAUUAUGCAGUUACGCUGGUCUUCACUGCGUAGUGAUAAAGGGCUACAGCAAGUCAGCGGGUUACCAGCCCGGCGUCAGGUUCGAGGAUAACCGCUUCAGAAACUCGUGGAACGCGGUGUUUGUGGCCGGAGCUUGGCGCUUCGUACAGUGCAACUGGGGGGCCAGGCAUCUGGUGAACGCGAAGGAUGCUCCCAAACCAGGCAACAGGGGAAAAAGUGAUAGUUUAAGAUACGAGUACGACGACCACUACUUCCUGACGGACCCUCGCGAGUUUAUCUACGAGUUCUACCCGCUGCAGCCGGAUUGGCAACUGCUCAAGACUCCUAUCACCCUUCAUGACUUCGAAGAGCUGCCCUUCGUACGCUCGCUCUUCUUCAGAUAUGGCCUGUACUUCAGCGAUCCCAACACCAAGGCUGUUAUGUACACAGACUCAACUGGUGCGGCGACUAUGCGCAUAGCCAUGCCAGCACACAUGCAGAGCUCUCUGAUCUUCCACUACAACCUCAAGUUCUACGACACCGAAGGGGACGGUUUCGAUGGAGUCAGCCUCAAGAGAUUUGUAAUGCAGUCAGUGGUCGGCAACAUAGUCUCGUUCCGCGUGCACGCUCCCUGCUCCGGUGCCUUUCUUCUCGACAUAUUCGCGAACGCGGUCACCCCGCGCGAGUACCUCACUGGCGAGCCCAUGAAAUUCAAGAGCGUCUGCAAAUUUAAGAUUUGUUGCGCUGAGUUACAAACUGUGAUGGUCCCUCUCCCGGACUGCGCCAGCGGCGAGUGGGGACCCACCAAGGCCACCAGGCUGUUUGGUCUCGUACCAAUUACACACCAGGAAGCGCUGGUAUUCGCUGGUCGGGAGCUCGAGAUUCAGUUCCGCAUGUCGCGCCCCCUGGCGGACUUCAUGGCAACACUUCACAAGAACGGCGUGGAGGAGAAACGGCUUUCGAAAUACGUGCAGCAGAACGUCUCUGAUGACAUCGUGUCCUUCUACAUCACCUUUCCAGAAGAGGGGCAGUACGGGUUGGAUAUUUACACGCGAGAAAGAAAUGGACCAACGGCUAUACAUCAGAACGGUUCCACGGAGAAAGAGAAACAUCUAUUGACGCAUUGCUGUAAAUAUCUCAUCAACAGCAGUAAACGUAAUUAGUUAUUACCGUUAUCUACUUAUACUUGUUGAUAAAGAAUGGGAUUACAACUAGCCGGUUAUUUGCCUAUGCAUUCAGUAUACAAGAAAUCCAAAUAAGAAGUUACCAGUGGGAGGCUCCUUUGCUCAAGAUGACGCCUAGAUUAUGGGUACCACAAAGUAAUGUGUAAGCAUUUGUUUCGGUCUUAAAGGGCGCCUAGUGAGUACCUAAUGAAAUUACUGGGCAAAUAGACUUAACAUCUUAUGUCUCAAGGUGACGAGCGCAAUUGUAGUGUAGUGCCGCUCAGAAUUUUUGGGUAUUUCAUGAAUCUUGAACGGCACUGCAUUGAAAUGGGCAGGGCGUAUUAAUUACCAUCAGCUGAACGUCCUGCUCGUCUCGUCCCUUAUUUUCAUAGAAAAAAAAUCAUCAAGGUGGUUUAUGCGACCACUUAUAACUUCUUAUUCAGAUUUCUAUGAUUUACUCUCACGCAACAUGACGGGUUAUACUUACUGUGUUUCCAUUAGGUUUAAAUAUAAAUGGGAUGGGGAACGGGAUUUAUAAUUCCAUUCUUUACAUGUUCGGGUUAUUGUCAAUCGACAAAUCAACGAACCAGAUAGUUUUCUAAACAUUCUACAGAAUGUUAAAUAGACAUGUCUUUUUAAACAACUUGGAAUUUUUAAACUGAACAUUGAGCAUGUUUCGAAAUAAGAAUAAAAAAACCUAUAUUGGGAGUGAUACUGAGAUUCAGAUUGAAUUAGGUUAAUGCAUAAAAUAUGUUACAUGUGUUAAGAGAAUAUAUUUUUAUAACACUUUUAAAUACUUUGUUGUUGCAGUAAUAAAAGAGAAAAAUUUAAAAACGGGUUUCAAAUUACAUUCAAACUUUAGUUUGAAUUUUAAUUAAGAUUGUUUCUAGUAGCUUAAUGCAGUUCUACGAAGUCAAUCCCAAUGCCACCAAAAUUAAUAUUAUUGCUUUAAAUUAUAAAAUCCUUGUUAAACCAUUAAUCAUUACUACUUACUACAUUGUAAAAAUACCAUAAUCUAUAUAAAUGGAUUGAAAGCUAAAAUAUUAUUAAUAAGUUUUUUGUUUACCCAAAUGUAAUGUAGAUAGGUGUUAGAAAUAAAACAUAGGUAUAAGAGAUUCAUUUAUUUCACAAUAAUUAUUAUAUCUUGUAAAUUAUAUUUAUGUACUCUAAGGUUGUGAAGCAUUCUAUUUUUUGUAUGUCUAUGGUCAAAUUAUAGGUAUCUGUAUAAAACUGUCAAAUAGUAAGUGUCAAAUUGAAAUAAAAGUGGAGAUUCGAGGUGAUUGGCCAAUUAUUAUUAAGUUCGGAGCCAUCUUGUAUGCUUUAUUUGUACAUUUAAUUUACCUUUUUAGAAAUACACAAAUUUUCAGCUAUUAACUCUGAAAAUACAUUCACGACAGGAGUUUCCUUGUAUCCCAUAAUUCUAAGUGGCACAUAGCAUAUAUCAUUAAUUUUACGCUUACUUACUUAAUGUAUAAAAUAUAUAACUUAUCAUUAAUAUAUAAACCACACGGCAAUAUGUAAAUUUUAUAUAAAAUAUAUGGCAUGUUACUUUCUAUA